UCCCUUCGGCCCUGCAACCCACAACCUCGUUCCGAUCUCGAAACCCUCGCCAAAAAUCCGCGACAACGCACCCGAAACUCCGCGUUAAACCCUCGGGAUUAAAAUCACCUCGAUUGAAACCCUCACGCAAAGAGCAAACAAGUCUUGACCCGACUUUUUUAAACUCGCCUCCAAGAAAAAGAAAAAACGAGAGGUCGUUAGGGUUGAUUAAGUUUGGUGACCAGUGCAGGGUAUCCAGAAAUUUACGUCGUAUUUCUCACGAAAUAAUUUCGAGGCGUCAGUUCGCGUCAAGAUUUCGCGUCCGAGAGGCGGUCCAGUGUCUUUUCCUAUGCAUUCGAAGCUGAGUCCAUUUUUCCUCUGCACAUGUAGGUCCCUGACCUUUCACGCGUUGAACCCUACCAGCAGAGAUCUCCGCGGGAUCAAGCUUUAGUCAAAUUGUGAAGGGGUAGCUGGUGCAAGUGAUGCCUGGGCGCUCUAGUGCGGACUGAUGGGGAGUUUGCCGAACCUGCAUGAGCUGGCCGAUAAGGAGGACGAGCCGCGGGACAGGGAGCGGGGGCGGCUGGCCGAGGCGCGGGCGAGCUGCUCGCAAUGCAGACACUGCAACCACAACCACAGCCACCACAAGCACAAACACCCCCCGCCCGGCCACGCCGGACACCGCUCCCACCACCCGCCCCUCCUCAAAACCAAAAGCGCCGGCAGCCAACAGCACAACUGCAUCGGAUCCAUCGAUAGACCCGAUGAGGACUCCAUCCUCGAAAGGAUGGCCUCCUACUCGCCGAUCUCGAACCGCUCAAGCAGGUCGAACUCGACCCUGCACCACCACCAGCUCCACAACGCGUACGCGGCGACCCCCGGCCCGGGCGCCUGCUCCACGACAGCGACGACAGCUGCAAGCACCAGCCGCAUCCGCGGGGACUCCAUGUCCAGCUCGGCGGGCAACUCCUCCGUCCGCAAGCUCAUCGCCGUCGUCCGCUCGACGCCCUCCAAGUACGGCCCUAUCUACAGCCGCAAGGUCCUCUGCCGCAACUUCGGGGCCCUCUGCCUCGGGCACAUGCUCAUAACUGCCGCCCUGGUCCCCCUCUUCGCCCUCCAGGGCUCCAUCUCCGCCUGGUACUGGCCCAGCAACCUCCUCCAGACCCUCGAGCCCCCGUCCAACGAGACCGAGUUCGUCUACCCCCACGGCGACCACUUCGACGCCGCCGUCCGCACCGGCGCCAUCCAGAUCAACACCAACGUCGGCUCCCUCCUCCUCUCCCUCCUCUUCCUCGUCAGCACCCCCUCGAUCCUCCUCUCGCUGCUCAUCAUUAGGAAACUAGGAAUCAAUUGGUGUAUCAUAAUCUCUUACAUAUUCGUAACGCUAUUCUUGUCCGUUCACAUCUACCCGAAGCUCUACGUCCUGAUCAUCGGGUACUUCUUGAUGGGCCUCUGGCUGGGGCCCCUAACCAUAUCCCAAGUCACGUUUCUCAUGACGUUGGCGUCGAAGUUAUCCUACGUUCUUUCCGAGCGUGAGGAAGAAGAAAUGGACGAGACGUAUCUCCUCGGUCGCAAGGAAAUCAUCGUGCAUAGACUCUCGAGGUACUUGACGUUCUCUUCCAACUUCGGGCUUAUUUUAGGCAACAUCAUCACUGCUAUAGUUUUAUACAACACGGAUCAUAAUAUAUACAAUUUGGAGGUGAAUAACUCGAGUCCGAUCCCGUACGGGUCCCUGUUUUCGAACUUGAACGGGGAGAAGGUUUGCGGGAGCGAGGCGUGUCCGCUGGCGACCGUGCGGAUGGACACGACGGAGAACGGGAAUUUCUCCGGGGACGCCGACGGGAUAUUCCCGGUGGCCCUGUCGAGCCGGGCGUCGACCCUGCUCACGAGUAUCUUCGUCGGGUGUGGGCUCAUGAGCGUGGCGCUCUCUGCGGCGUUUAUAGAUAAGAUCCGCAUCUACGUCUUCCAGGACCAUCUGGGGCCCUCCACGGAUCACAACAUGAAGAACAAGCCGUUCGUCACCAUCAUCAAGAACAUUUUCAAGGACCCGAAGCUCCAGCUGGCGGCGCCGUUGUCCAUAUUUAUUGGACUCGAGCAGGCUUUUAUUUACACCGACUUUACGAAGUGGUAUGUCGUAUGUGCGGUGGAAUUACAAAACGUCUCAUUGGUGCUCCUUAGUUUAGGACUCCUCCAAUCAGUGGCGGCCAUCACCCUUAGUAUGCUUCUCCAGCACGUUAGACGUUAUUUUGUGAUUGGUGUUGGCUUCGCUUUCCACGCUUGCUUGAUUUUGGUGCUACUGCAGUGGAAACCGACGAGGGAUGAUCCAGCGCUUUUCUACGUCAUCGCUGCCGCUUGGGGAGUCUGUAACGCUAUCUGGGAUACCCUCAGUUUUAGUUUGAUAGUGUCGAUGUACCCGGACACGUGGCAAGCCCCGUUCGCGCACAGCUUCUUCUUCCGGUUCCUGGGGCUGGCGCUGGCUUUCGGGGCCCACGGGGCCAUUUGCAACUGGAUCAAGCUCUACGGCCUGGCGGUGGCGCUCGUCAUGGCCGUGGCCCCGUACAGCUGGCUCGAGUGGCGCCUCGAGACCCACAGGAGAACCAACACCCAGAUGACCAAGUUAUGACCCUUCACCGUCGCUCACGUCAUCAAACUAUCAUAAUCCAUGAGACUAAUAAUCAGACUGCUAUUUUUCUAUUCGAUCUCACACUCGCAGAGAUGCAAAAUCCCGUUUCCAGGGUUGCCACAGUCCGGGAAAACCUCACCGAAAAAAAAUCUCGGUGUACUCACUAAGAAA